AUGGCUGGCAAAAAGCGUCCCGUCGCGACGGGCAAGACCUCUGCAAAACAUCCACCGGUACCGCAGUCUCUGGCGAGCUUGAGUGUGAACAAGGCGGCUGCUACGCACACUCACCCGCAUUCUCAUCAUUCGCGCCCUUCUCCCAAAGCGACACGAGUAUCGCCCGACUCAUCUGGUAAUGACCCUGCAGAUGGACGACAGCCGUUCUUUCAAGGCCACAAUCUUGCUCUGAUGAGUGGCGGUCAGACUCAAGGUGCCGCCAUAGGCACCAGUCACAACAUCCGCGCCCACCCUGGUCCUGGAAGCCGCGAUGUAAGCCCAACCCCAUUCUCCUCACCUCCUCUCGACGACUGGCUCUUUCCUCCCAGUGCUCCCCUCUUGUCCAGUCCCAAGUCCCACCCCCUUGCUCUUUGCCCUCCACCACCAUAA